CGGACGGGCAACGGGGGGUCCGUCGUGCCAUGCCGGCCCGUCUUCAGUCUUCAGUCGGUUUCGUGUCAUCGGAGGGUCAAUUUGUGCUUAGAGCAAUGAGGAAACCCUUACUGCUCUCAUGGGCGUUCUGCCUGCUCAUCGCAGCCCGCGUGGACACCGGACGCGCUUUUAACUAUGACAACGACCUGACAUUCGACGAGCCCCAGGCUCUGGCCGAGCCGCAGAACACCGACAGCCUGGUCGGCAGAGUGUACAACGGCGUCACACAGACACUCUCCAGGGUGAAACGGGACAUAUUUGAUUGGUUCAACAUUCACGACGACGACAAGAAGGAAGAGGUAACCACGUCCACGUCCAACCCAGUGACGGAACCGGACGACUUCGAAAACGGAAGGACUUCGCCUCUCUUCAGAACGACAAGGGAUGCUGACCGGGACACAGACGAUGAUGAAGACCCGACGUACGACCUGUCCAAAGGUGGCUCCGGGGACGUCGGAUCAGGGGAGGAACAUCUUCCGACCCCUGAGACAAAAAGGCAUCGGCACAGCAAAUCUAUAGUCAGGGUUACAUUUUACAUGAGGGAAUGGUGGCAAGAUAAGCUGGAGGACAAGUCAUCAACCAAGUACCUUGAGCUGAAGUCUGACCUCGAGGAAAGCAUGAACCAACUGUUGUCCAAGAUCACUGGUACUCAGACAGCACAUCUAGUCAAUUUAGAAAAAUGGAAUGAAAACGAUGUUGUACGAGUGACCAUGGACGUAUUCUCCCAGUAUAACGACAAGGUCGAAGAUGAGGUUGAAACGCAGCUUAAAGCUCAGAUCAAGGAGACAAACAAACUCGGCAACCAGGUCAUCGAACUCAGUAACAAACACACAGUGAUUGCCAAAUUGUUCGAGGACCAAAGUCAGGUCGAAUGCGAAAACGGGGUCUUAUGUGGAGGCGUACCGCCAAAAUGCCUUCCUAUCGGAAACAGGUGCGACGGAAUAACACAGUGCGAUGAUGGUUCGGACGAGGAAGGAUGCCCGGUGUUUGGACACGAAACGACGUUCAACCAGCCAAAAUGUAGGGCGGACGACGUCAGGAGGUGCGACGACGGCCAACAGUCAAUAUGCCACGACCAACUCUGUGAUGGACGGAUCGACUGUGAUGAUGGUAGCGAUGAAGAUAACUGCGACACACCAUCGACACCGAGACCAGGUUCGUGCGAUGGCUUCUUGUGCGAGUCGAACGGCGAUUGCCUACCACAUCACCUUGUCUGCGACCGUACAUUCGACUGCCCGGAUGGAGCCGACGAGCGAAACUGUACGAGGCCAGAGACCUGCAACCACCACACGGAAUGGACCUGCAACGACGGCACGUGCGUCGGAAAGGAGAAAUACUGCAACGGCGUGCCCGACUGUCCUGACUAUUCGGACGAAGAACACUGCAUAGAAUGCCCGCAAAAGUUUCAAUGUGUCGUUGGAAGUCAGAAAAUGUGCAUCGAUUGGGAAUAUUACUGCAACGGCGAUCUUGAUUGCACAGACAUGACGGACGAAAAGUACUGCUUUGGUAGGAAUUGUGACGGUCAUUUUCGCUGUGUUUCGACCGGGGUUUGCCUCCACAGAAAGAAGGUAUGCGAUAGGAUAUCCGACUGUGAGGACGACUCGGACGAGAGGAACUGCAAAGCGUGCACGAAAGACCAGUUCAGAUGCCCCGACGGACAGUGCAUCCCCUCCUACAGGGCGUGCGACAAGGUCCCGGACUGCAGCAACGGCGAGGACGAGGCCAACUGCGUUGAGUGCAAAUCGACGGAGUUCAGGUGCAACAACGAGGUGUGCAUACCAUACUACAUGAGGUGCAACAGGAAUGAUGACUGCGGCGACAACUCGGACGAGUAUGACUGCCCCACCACCCCCAGGCCGAAACUUUUCGACUGUCCCGACAACUCGUUUACAUGUCAUAGCGGAAAUGAAUGCGUCAGUCAGUCGGUCGUCUGCGAUGGAAGUGACAACUGCCAGGACGGCUCCGAUGAGCUCGAAUGCGGUUCGGUGAACAACUGCAGACAGGAUGAGUUCGCCUGCAGUUCCGGCGACCAAUGUGUACCGACCAGAUUUAUCUGCAACAAGUUCUAUGAUUGUCACGACAGGUCCGAUGAGGAGAACUGCGCUGGAACACCUCAAGUCCAGUUGAUGAUAGAACCGAAGGAGCUGUCUUUAAAACAGAGUGAGGAGGUCGUCUUCCAAUGCAGGGAUGUAGGUCUCGGAAGGCAAAAGGUCCACUGGGUACGUGGCAAUGGAAAAGAGAUGCCCAAGGAUGCUCGACUCCACGGCCACCGUCUUGAAAUACCGAACGUUCAGCCCGGCGAUGCUGGAAUUUACACGUGCGAGGCGUACGAUGUCCCACCGCACACCCCUGGAGCGAGGAAGAACGCUUUCCUUCGUGUCACCCCGUAUGUAGCGCCCACUAUGCCACCUUUGCCAUACUGCAAAUUAGACGAGGCACCAUGUAAAAACCGGCAAUGCAUUAAAAAGAGCCAAAUCUGCGAUGGUAGACCCAAUUGUUUGGACGGUAGCGACGAGUACAGAUGUUCACACGGACAUGUGUGCCAGCCAAACGAGAGGGAAUGCGGCAGCACGUCCCAGUGCAUCAUGAAGAACUGGUUUUGUGAUGGGCAGACGGACUGUCUGGAUGGUUCAGAUGAAAGGGACUGCAAUCUUGGACCAAGCGGGCCUAAUGGUACGUGCUACUCGACUGAGUUCACAUGUCCGAACGGUUUGUGCAUACCGUCCGCAUUCAGAUGCGAUCAGAGACCUGACUGCAAAGAUGGCAGCGAUGAGUAUGGAUGCUACCUGUCUACUUUUGUCGAUCCGAAGUUGCCCGGUUCCGUGUCUGUUCCCGAGGGGGAUACCCUAGUGCUCCAUUGCACUGCGACAGGUGUACCAACACCAUACAUAUCUUGGCGUUUUAACUGGAACGCCGUACCUUCCAAAUGCCGGGAGACAUCCGUCGAUGGUCACGGAACUCUGACCUGCCCGGACAUGAGGGAAGAAGAUCAAGGGUCAUAUUCAUGCGAAGCACUUCAGAAGCUAUUCGUCUUGUACCCGAUAGACGCAAGGGUUGUUGUAGUACCAAGGAAGAAAUUCACAUGUCAAAGAGGCACAUUCAACGACUUAGCUACAAGGCAGGAAGAAUGUAUUAGCUGUUUCUGCUUUGGCCAGGCGACCGAAUGCACCAGUGCCAACCUCUAUGUGUCCCACCUCACCUCGCCCAGGUUCUACAAUAGAGUUGUACCCGUGAAGAAGGUCGGCGAGGCAUACGAGAUCAACUUGCUCGAAGGGUCUUCCGUGCAGCAGUACAUCAAGCCAUACUUCGAAGGUCUGUUCAUCUCGGCGCCGGACAGUGGCCGUGACAGUGAGGGCGUGUACCAGUACUUCGCACUUCCGGAUUCACACCAUUCCAACCAGCUCAACUCGUACGGUGGAUACAUCAAGUACCGGUUGACCACGUCACACAACUCGAAUUGGAAGCCUCUCCUCGACAUACCCGAUGUCAUCAUACAAGGAAAUGGAAAACUGCUCCUGUCUCUGUCGUUUUUGACCUCUGCUUCAAACCAGAUUGAACAGGAUGUGUCAGUGAGGAUAUUUGAGAAUGAGUGGAACGUCGUCGAAGCAAAUGGUUAUCCUAAAAGGGCAAGCCGGGCAGAUAUAAUGAUGGUAUUGGAAAACGUGGAAAACGUUCUUAUCAGGCUACAGUACUUCGAAGGCCCUGAUAUAACAACAUCACUGACCAACGUCCACAUGGACUCGGCCGGAAACCGAAACAACGGACUCGGAAAAGCUGCAUUCGUCGAGAAGUGCAGCUGCCCACAUGGCUACCAGGGCCAGUCUUGUGAGAAAUGCUCUGCAGGCUUUAGAAGAGUACUGGGCAACUAUCUCGGAAUAUGCACGACCCAGUCUUGCCCACCAGGGACAUACGGCGCGCCAGAUCGUCACAUACCAUGCCAGCCUUGUCCUUGCCCUCUGACCCACAGUUCAAACCAGUUUGGAGCAACAUGCAGGCUUGACUCAGAUGACAAGGUGACCUGCGACUGCCUAGAAGGUUAUGUCGGCAGGAGGUGCGAACGCUGCGAUUACGGCUACACUGGAAAUCCACUCGUGUCUGGAAGCUACUGCCGAAAAGAAGAUCAAUGUGACCCGGCUGGUUCGCUCAGCACCACCCCCGACCCGUACUCAGGCAAAUGCCACUGCAAGGAUUUUGUUACUGGUUCUCGCUGUGACCAAUGCCAGGCGAACUCAUUCCAUCUUUCACCUUCAAACCCGACCGGAUGCACGAUGUGCUUCUGCAUGGGCAUCAGUAAAGAAUGCCAUGCAUCAAACCUUUACAAGGAUGAGAUCUACUUCAACUUCAUGGGAAGCGAUUACGGAUUCAAGCUCGCCUCUGUUGAUAACCCGACAGAGAUGGUUGACCCGACAUUGGAACACGGACAGCUCGUCUUCGACCGUUUCAACCAAGAAAUUUACUACUGGGUCCUUCCAUCUAUAUUCCUGAACAACAAAGUGACCUCAUACAAUGGCAAGCUGUCAUACAAGAUCAGCUACACGCCCAUUCCAGGAGGUCAGAGCUCGAAGAACAACGCUGCUGACGUCUUACUAAACAGCGCAAACAAGAUCAAGCUGUACCACUAUUCACCUCAACGAUUCAACCACAGCACAGAAGUGACGGUCACCAUACCGCUAGAGGAGAGUGCCUGGCAGAGGGAUGACGGUGGCGAGGUGAACAGGGAGACUUUCCUCAUGGCCUUGUCAGACAUACAGUCAAUUUACAUUAAGGCGACCUAUACAACACAUACUUUGAGAGCUGCUCUGUUGUCCAUAUCGAUGAGCACAGCGACAAGCAGGAACACAGGACGGGAGACAGUCCAGGGAGUCGAACAGUGCGUCUGUCCCGAAGGUUACGUUGGCACAUCCUGUGAGGACUGCGCACCCGGGUUCACCAGAUCGGAGGAAGGCGUCUAUCUCGGCGUUUGCGAACUGUGCAAGUGCAAUGGCUACUCUGACGACUGCAACCCCGAAACAGGGGAAUGUCUGGGCUGUAGAGACAACAGAGAUGGCCCAAGGUGCGAAAACUGCGCCAGGGGAUACAGGAUGGAACAAGGCAGGUGCGUCAGGGAUUACCCGGAUGUUUGCAGCUGCGACCCGAGAGGAAGUGUACUGUCCGACUGCGUCGACGGUCGCUGCAUGUGCAAAACGAAUGUAGUCGGAAGUCAGUGCAAUGAAUGCAAGAACGGAACGUAUGGACUCUCAGAGCAUAACGAAUAUGGUUGCCUGGAGUGCUACUGCUUUGGGCAGACCUCAGACUGCAGAAGCUCCGGCUACAGUUACUUGCCAAUUCCUAUAACGAUAUUGAGCGCUGAUCACGGCUUUACACUCACCGACGGACGCGGUGGCAGGAGUGGUGAGGAACUAGUACACAAUUUUCACAAGAGUGAGGUCGGAUUCAAAGUCUCAGACCCGCAUGAUAAAAGAUACUGGUCUCUUCCUUCAGAUGUCACAGGCGAUCAGGUACUGUCGUACGGAGGGGAGUUGACCUUCACCCUGAGCUUCACGGACAGAACAAGCUACGAGUCAGUUCAUCAUGGUGACAGGGCUGUCAUGCUUACAGGAAACGGAGUCACAGUAUUCAAAAACCUUGACUUGGAGCUGUACCCGGAUGAAAGGAAGUCAGUUUCAGUCAAGCUGGUCGAACGGGACUUUAUGAUGCUCAACCCACGCUCCGGAGUCAAGCCGGUCUCCAAGCACCAAAUGCUCCAGAUACUCUCCAGUGUGGAGGCCAUCCUCGUCCAAGCGGUUGUCGGCCCAACCACGGAAUACUCUUACAUAAGUGACGUCACUUUGGAAAGGGCAGAAAGAUCCGGCGGACGACCUGCCUUGGAGGUUGAAGUCUGCAGAUGCCCUCCUGGCCACGAAGGCACAUCAUGCCAGAAAUGCAUCGAUGGUUAUUACAAGGAUAACUACCAUAGAUGUCAACCCUGCCUGUGCCAGAACGGAGGACAAUGUCAGAUCCGCUCCAACUAUCAGUUUGUAUGCAAUUGCCCUGAUGAAUGGACCGGUCCAACUUGCGAGACAAGAGUAUCGAGCACAGUAAGCCUUUCAUUGUCGCCGGCCGGUUUCAUUGUUGAGCCGAUCGGCACCCGUGUUACGUUCCAUUGCGAGUUCACCGGCACGCUCAGUGUCUACCCUGUGUUAAACGAGGUGUACGUCAACGGCACGUAUGACGGAUAUUCGAGGUCAGGGCCGCACCAGCUCAGGGAAUUGACAACCGAAGGGCGCAAGUCGUUGACCGUCACGGUCACAAGGAGGCUGAGCGAGAUCGCCUGCACUCUAUUCAACAAAAAUCACAAAGCUAUCGCAAACGCCAGAUCUUACGUCACCGCAGUCGAUGACCGACGUCCACCAGUGCCACCUCCAGAACCGCAGAUCACGCUGAACAUCGUUGAAUACCCUCCAAACAAGACGGUCGAGGUCGGUGAUCAGAUCACGCUUGUCUGUACCGGCUCAUCCAGAGAGAGUAACGUAAGGAUCAAAUGGAGCAAGGACGGUGGAUCUCUUCCGCACGGUCGUCACAGACAAGCAGAUGACGGCAGCUUACAAAUCUGGGAUGUGAACGAAUCCGAUUCUGGGAUCUAUGUCUGUACAGGUCACGACAACAUGUCAUCGCACACCAUUACCAUAACCAUCACAGUAGUGCCGAGGCCUGGAGGUGAACUGCCACCGCUGAUCAGCAUCGAGCCAGAUUACAUCGAAGUAAUGGAGAAUGAGCUUAUAGAGCUGCAGUGCACUGCCAGAAGGGGUUCGAAGGCAAGCAUCGACUGGAGGCGUUACGACGCAUCAGACAGACAAGUCGCCAUGAACCCAGAGGUUGAGAUCACAGACGGAUUGCUCAGGAUUCCCAAUACUCGUAAAGAGGACGAAGGUAAAUACGAGUGCGUAGCUAGAAACUAUGGUGGAGUCAGCAGUGAGCAUAUAUUCGUCCGUGUCAGAGGUCUUGCGGUCAAUGAUACAAAUUCAAUCAAUAUAGUACCAGAGGAGGUUACUGCGGGUUCGGGCAGCACGAUCAUCAUACAGUGUAGGGUUAGCAACAAUGAUGACGGUUCUAUCGAGCUAGUUUGGAAGAGGGACAGAGUUCCUUUGGCACCGAAUCAGGUGACCAGUUCUAACUACUCAAGCACCCAGUUGACCCUGUAUGACGUGACGCCAGCUGAUUCGGGCAUAUACUUCUGUACUGGAUUCAGGCGUUCGACCGGCAACAAGAUCGGUCAGGGCAGAGCGUUCAUAACAAUCACUGACGCCCCGGUGCCAAGGGUGGCCAUCAGGCCAGAAACCCUAACUGUCAACGUCGGCGAGGACAUCAGGCUCGAGUGCACCGGUGAUGGAUCAGCAUACCUCAGCUGGAGGAAAUCAGGCGGCUCGCUGCCCGAACACAGGGUCAAGUUCUUGAACAGAAACCGUACCCUUUACGUCCCGAAUGCAGAAAGGUCAGACACAGGAAUAUAUGUGUGCAAUGCGAAUCUUUAUGGAUCAGAGAGCUCCGGUACCGCCGUAGUGCAGGUACAGCACACAAUACCGCCUGAGGUUUCCCUCAUGCCGAGCGGUCUUGUUGAGCUGAACCCUCAGUCGUACCAUCAAGUCGACUGCAGAGCUACAGGCUUCCCAACACCUUCAGUCUACUGGGUCAGGGAGAACAAUGAACAGCUACCAUCCAACUUUCACGAUAACAACGGACGGCUUAGAAUUGAAGGCAUGACGUCUCACAAUGUUGGAAGGUACGUCUGCAUCGCGGAAAACGAAGCUGGCAGGGCAACAGGUACAGUUGUACUGUCUCUAAGGGGGAAACCAGUCGUCACGAUGAACCAUGACGGCUUUGUCAGGCUGUCCGUCGGUGAAAGGUUUGAGCUCAUCUGUACUGCUGAAGGAUACCCGGAGCCUUCCGUCUUCCUCACCAAAGGAUCAGAGCAAACGUACAAUGCAAGGCCGAAUUUGGGACAGGCGACCUACAGCGUCAUCUCUGUGACCAAAGACGAUGAAGAUGAUUACACGUGUGUCGCUAGGAAUUCACUUGGAGAAGACAGAAAGACAGUUCGAGUUUAUGUCGAAGGCAGUGCACCUAGACCUGGGGGAGAUCAAAGCCCGCUGAACCCAGAUUACGAGCCAAGGGGAGGCAAGACACAUGUUCUCUAUGAAGGGACGACUAACAACUUCACCUGCAACUUCCAAGCAGGACUUGAGGAUUCAAUCGAAUGGGUCAGGAACGAUGGUCUCCCUCUGCCUUCUAAUGUGAGACAAAGGAAUGGUGAACUGGUCAUAACACAGAUCCAGCCGGAGAACGAAGGCUAUUACACAUGCCAGCUGAAGAACCGCAAAGGAUUCCUACUGCAGCAGAUGACAUUAAAGAUUGUCGUGAAACAUCUCAAAGGUGUACGCCUAACUCCGGAGACACAGGUCGUGAGCAUCGGCGACAACGCCCAUAUCGAGUGUAAAAUGGAGGACGAGCCGGAUGCGAGGAUCGAGUGGAAAGGUGUGAACCGUGACCUACCUGAAAACCGCGCUCACGUCUCAGGUCACACGAUUUGGUUCAGAGACAUGCAAGAAGAAGACGCCGGAGAAUACGUCUGUAUUGCAGAAACCGACAAUUUUUCAGCAGAGGGCAAAGCCAGAGUUGUCGUUAAAGGUGAGAACGAAAGGCAUAUACCAAUCAUAAGCGUUGUCGGUGACCCAGUGAGAUACGUCACUGAGGGUGGCUCAGUCACAGUCCAGUGCACCGCCAAUCGCCAUGGCGAGCAUAUCUUCUGGACAAGGGAACAAGAGCAAAUGCCUGACAAUGCAGUCACUAAAGGCAACACACUCAGAAUUGACAACAUACGCCUUGAGGAUGCCGGCAACUACCUGUGCUCCGUAAUGAUGCCGAACGACUACAAAACUGGCUGGAAAACAGUCACAAUACACGUCAGGAAGAAGUGCAAUCACUGGGAAAAAGUUUGCCCAGACGGGACCUGCAUCCCGUCCACCUAUACCUGUCCACCCAGUGACUACAAGGAUUUCUCUCGCUACAGGAGAGCCCAUGGCGCCGUUGCACCGAUGCUGAGGAUCGAGCCGAGCAUCGAUGUCGUGAGGGUCGGAGGAGAGAUCGACCUCAUAUGCAAAACGACCGGGCGUAUCAAGGACCAGCCUCAGUGGGAGAUACUCGACGGAAGCGAAGAGGCGAGGGAGUCGAUGACCAUACUAGGACGGACUCUAAGGAUAAGCAAAGUUCAUCCUAUGCACGCCGGAAGGUACAGGUGCCAUGCCAAGACGCAAGCUGGCUACGAUAUUGAAGAUGUCUACACUCUAGUCGUACAAGACAAUGAAAUGCAAAAAGCCGCCAAAGUAAAGAGAGCAGCUGUUGGUGAGACGGUGGAGCUGGAGUGCGACCAGGGCCUCGAACCGCCGACCACCUACACUUGGAUCAAAGGACAAGGAAAACCGAUGCCUAACGCCAAAAACCACACAUUGAGAUUAGAAAAGGUGACACACGAAGACGCCGGUGAAUACGUGUGCAUAGCUUCAAACAACGCCAUCAAAAUUGACUUCCCAACCUUCCUCAUAGUGAAAGGGACGAUCCCCAGGUUUGACAAAUCAUCAUACAUCCAACUGAGGAGCUUCUCGAGCUUUGCUUACUUAAAGACGGAUCUAUUCUUUAUGGUCAAGCCUGAACAUCCUGAUGGUAUGUUCUUAUACACUUCGGACUUAAAAGCAAGGGACUUCUUUUCUGUGGGACUUAAAGAUGGACGGGUCGAGUGUAGGUUCGAUGUCGGGUCAGGUGAAGCGAUUCUACAGUCCAACACCAUCCUGCCGCUGCACGAAUGGUCCAACAUCACGAUAAAACGGGAAAAGAAAGAAGGCAAAUUGUGGGUGAACGGACGAGGCCCAGUGGUCGGCACGAGUCAGGGGCGGUUCCAAGGUCUGGACCUCACGGCGCCGGUGUACCUCGGAUCCGUACCUUCAUUUGACAGCUUGAAACCGAACACCGGGUUCACAGAGGGUUUCAAAGGGUGCAUAAGCCAGUUCAGGAUGGGCGAUGUCGUCGAGAGCAUCGCGGAAAAGGACUCGUUGGAAUGGCACAAUGUCAAGGAGUGCGAGACAUGCAGCGAAGACCUCUGUCAGAAUAACGGCGCCUGCCAGGAAGAGCCAAACUACCGUGGUUACAAGUGCAUGUGCCCCAGAGGUUACACAGGCGCCAACUGCGAAAGGGUCGGCACUACUUGCUACGAAGGGCUCUGCGGCGAUGGUGUCUGCGAGAACCUCGACUGGAGUUUCAGGUGCCACUGCAGGCUCGGAUCCUACGGAGAACACUGUGAGCACAAGGUCACUGUCACAGUGCCUCAUUUCAAAACACACUCCCACCUUGCUUACGCCGUACCCGUCUCUGGUGGGAAGUUCUCAUUUGAUAUGGAAAUUAAACCAGAAACCCUUAAUGAUGCCAUACUUAUGUACGCCGUCGGACACGAACCUUCUAAAGAAUACGCAGUGAUUGUUAUGAAAGACGGUUACUUACAUUUCAUCUUUGUGAACAAGCAUAGUCCUUUGGAGCUGGUGAGCAGGACGAGGGUCAGACCGGGCGUAUGGACAAGGGUGUCUGUUCAGAAGAAAGACAACUUUUUGUCUCUGACUACGACGGAUGACAACGUCAACCUCGACUUGAACAACUUCGAUCCGAUGACACUCAAGACUCUAUACGUAGGAGGGUAUGACUCGUUGAAAAUGAAACCAGACAGGCAUGUCGGUGUCUACGACGGAUUCGAUGGAUGCAUCCGGCUCAUCAAGCUCAACGAGAGACAUCUCAACCUAAAAUCUUUUGUCGGAUCCAACGUGCACCAGUGCCAGGGAGAGACUCCAGGCAGGCACCUCAAGCAGGUCAUCGGUGAACAGCUCUGCCCAAUCAAACCGUGCAGAAACGGUGGUAUCUGCAAUACCCAGAACAACAGGCAGUUCUGCGUUUGCAACGAAUACUUCCAGGGUGAUUACUGUGAAAUGGAAACGCCUUGUAAGAUGGAUCACCUGUGUAAGCCGCACGGAGAGUGCAAGACACACAACGACGGAGAUCCAAACUCGCCCGGGUUCAAGUGCCACUGCCACUUUGGCUACAAGGGCAAGUACUGCAACGAGGUCAUACACAUCGAAACAAGUGCCGAGUUCGAUAAAAACUCCUACAUCGAACUGCCCGAGUCUUACUUACCCAGUACGUACGAGGAGAAAGCAGUGUCUUUCAUGAUGCAGACAUCUUCGCCGCGCGGUCUGAUCUUCUGGCAAGGCCGUGACCAGCACACAAGAGAACUGGAAUACCUAUCCAUAGCUGUUGAGAGAGGUCAUGUGGAGGUUAUGGCUCACGAGCAGACGGAUCAGAUGAAACUGAUCUCUCUGCACAGGGUGGACGACGACCGGCCGCACAACGUCUCUGUCCUCUACGUACCGGGUGAACUACAGCUGAGCGUAGACGGUGAGACAGAGGCCACAGCAUCAACUACAACAGAACGCGACAAUGACUUCUUAGGCAACGUCUUCAUCGGAGGCAUGCCUGAUAUCGAGUUCAAGACGGGAGGGAAAUUCGAGGUUGGGUUUCAAGGGUGCAUCGCGGCUUUCAAGCUCAACAGGAAACCACCGGUGAACUUCCAAGUGGCACAGGUAGACGCGAGGAACGUCAAACCAUGCUCCAGCGAUUUACUCAGCGUUUACUACAACUCUAUCAAUUAGUUAUGUUGCAGCCAACGUUACGUGCCAUAAAUGUCAUCUGACUGGUUUGGAAAAAAAAGCUUUUUAGAUUAUUUUUAAUUUAUUAUCAUUAAUUGAUUUUUGUGAAAUUUUAUAAAGUAAAAUGUGUUCAUUUUAUUUUUUUCCUCCAAUUUUUACGCUUGUGAGUUGUAUUUUUUUAGCGCAAAGAGAAGCUGAAGCUACUGCCUGUUUAUUAUUAUUUUAAUUAUUAUAUAUAAUAUAUAUAAAUUUGUGCCAUAAUGUUUAACUUCUAUUCUUAUUUUGCCUUUUAUCUUCUUUUUUUUCCUUUUUUCGCAUAGAUAAAAUGCCAAAAAAAAUUAUUAACCAAAACUACUUUGUAAUUUGUAAAUAAUUUUACUUUUUUCUCUCUCUUUCCUCCUCCUUUCCACCACCCGACAAUAGAAUUGAAAAGAUUUUCUUCGAUU